AUGUCUUCCAACAGAGCUACCGAGAACGCCAGUUCUGAAGAAACAAGACAGGGCGAAUUCAAAGGCGUCGGUUACGUGGUGGAAGAAGAGAUCUACCAAGCAAAUUUGCCCCUUGAGGAGCUUGUUUUGGACCCACGCCUGCGAUCCCCGAAGAGCAAACAACUGAUGAAUACCCCGCCCCUGGUCACCAUCCAUGUUGGGCGUGAGGCCAAGAUGUUUUCUGUCCACAACGCCAUCCUGGAACAGAGAACUACCAAUGUCAACAAUCCGGCAGAGGACGACCCACAAGCAAUGUGGUGUCUCAUCCGAUUCCUCUACACCAACAGUCUCCCCUACAAGGACGUGGGCGAAGCCAGCUGUGACGGGCCCUUCUGGAUCAGGUCUUCUUCCUGCAUUAUCGCACUGUGGAUGCUGGCAGACAAAUAUCACGUCCAGUGGCUGCGCCAUGAAAUGGUCGACGUCUGCCUCGCGGCAGCGCCGAACACAACCGAUGUGAAGGAACGCCAUUUCGAGGAAUUGAGGGAGCUAGGACUGUACGAUACUGCAAUCUGGGACCUUUUUGCGGAUAUCCGCCAGCCUCGUCAACUCCGAUGUAUUGGACAAGCCGUGGUGCCGCACCAGACAGCAGCACGCCAGUAUGAUUACAUGAAAUGGAGUCGAAAUUCUGUCGUCGAACCAAGCAACCGAUACGGCAGUCAGAUCAUAUCAAAUCCACGAAAAUUAUUCCUUGAGGAGUUUCUUCAUCAAUCGUCUUACUUGACGUGA